AUGGACAGAGAAUACACUGAGGAGCCUGCUACACACCCAGCUCAUCUGGGGACCAGCGGAGCCAUGAGGCUGGGUUCGGCAAUCCUGGGUUUACUCCUGCUCCAAGGCUACAGCUCUCAACCUACAACAACUCAGACCCCGCGGGAAGUUCUCCAGAAGUCAUCUCAGGUCUCCUUGGUAUCCAGUCGGCCUGUGAUGCCAAGGUCAAGCACCAUGGAUAAACAGUCCCUUUCCUUGCCUGACUCGACGUCAUUCCAGCCACAGAAGCACACACUGGGACCUGACACAGGACUCCCAGAAAGCAGCAGCAGCAGCAGCAGCAGCAGCAGCAGCAGCAGCAGCAGCAGCCGCAGCCAGAGAGGAGAAGUGUCUCUGGAUGCUACUCCCAGUCCAGAAACCACCAGCUUUCAGACAAAAAAGAUGCCCACCCUGCCUACCCCCACAUCAGAGUCAGUGCUAACUGUGGCUGCCUUUGGUGUCAUCAGCUUCAUUGUCAUCCUGGUGGUUGUAGUGAUCGUCCUGGUCAGUGUGGUCAGUCUAAGAUUUAAGUGUCGGAAGAACAAGGAGUCUGAAGAUCCACAGAAACCGGGGAGUUCAGGGCUGUCUGAAAGGUAA